GGGCGGGCGGGGAUUGGCUGCCGCGCCGCCUUUGUUCGGAGGCAGCGGCUGCUGCGGGGCACAGCGGAAGUUUGGAGCGCGGCGGCAGCGUCGCGACAGCCCCGGUGUCGCGACAGGCGCAGCGUGUCCGGCCAGGCAGCGGCAGCGGCAGCAUGGACUUGGAGAGCAAAGUGAAGAAGAUGGGCUUGGGCCACGAGCAAGGAUUUGGUGCCCCCUGCUUAAAAUGCAAGGAUAAGUGCGAAGGAUUUGAGCUUCAUUUUUGGAGAAAAAUAUGCCGCAACUGCAAAUGUGGCCAGGAAGAGCAUGAUGUUCUCACAAGCAAUGAGGAGGAUCGUAAAGUGGGAAAACUCUUUGAAGACACAAAAUACACAACCCUUAUUGCAAAGCUGAAAAAUGAUGGCAUUCCCAUGUAUAAACGUAACGUGAUGAUACUGACUAAUCCAGUGCCAGCCAAGAAGAACAUAUCCAUCAAUACUGUGACUUAUGAGUGGGCUCCUCCUGUUCAGAAUCAGACACUUGCUAGACAGUAUAUGCAGAUGCUACCAAAGGAGAAACAGCCUGUUGCUGGCUCGGAAGGCGCGCAGUACAGGAAGAAGCAGUUGGCUAAGCAGCUGCCUGCUCACGAUCAGGAUCCUUCAAAAUGCCACGAGCUAUCCCCCAAUGAAGUUAAACAGAUGGAGCAGUUUGUGAAGAAGUACAAAAACGAGGCGCUUGGUGUAGGAGAUGUCAAGCUCCCUGGUGAGGUGGAAACUAAAGCUACUGACAAGAAUAACGUGAACAGUGGUGACAGAAGCACCUCAGCUGCUGUGGGAGCAAUGGAGGACAAAUCAGCAGAUCAGAAGGCAUCUCAGUAUUCCUGCUAUCGCUGCAAACUGAGCAUGAAAGAAGGUGACCCAGCUGUCUACGCGGAACGUGCAGGAUAUGAUAAAUUAUGGCACCCAGCUUGUUUUGUCUGUUGCACCUGCAGUGAACUUCUAGUAGACAUGAUCUAUUUCUGGAAGAAUGGUAAUCUCUACUGUGGAAGACAUUAUUGUGAUAGUGAAAAACCCCGCUGUGCUGGAUGCGAUGAGCUGAUAUUCAGCAAUGAAUAUACUCAAGCAGAAGGUCAAAACUGGCAUCUGAAACACUUCUGCUGUUUUGACUGCGACUGCGUUUUGGCUGGGGAAAUCUAUGUAAUGGUGAAUGACAAGCCGGUCUGUAAACCAUGCUACGUGAAGAACCAUGCUGCGAUCUGCCAAGGCUGUCAUAAUGCUAUAGAUCCAGAAGUUCAACGUGUGACAUACAACAACUUCAACUGGCACGCUACGGAGGAAUGUUUCUUAUGUUCCUGUUGUAGCAAGUGUUUAAUUGGCCAGAAGUUUAUGCCAGUGGAAGGGAUGGUCUUUUGCUCAGUGGAAUGUAAGAAAAAAAUGAUGUCAUAAGAGAAGACAUGCACAAAACUAAGCAUUGCUGUGUUCCAAAGGCUCUUGCAUUUCUACUGUAAAAAUACACAGUAUCUGGGCAUUUAAAGAUAUUGAAAGUACUAAAUAGCAUUUUCCCAAAGAUUUUUUUUAGUGACUAAAACUUGCUGUGUAAUUUUCAUUCCUUAGCUAUAAUACUUUCUUCUUUGGGAUUUUGUUCCUGAGUCUUAUGUCAAAUGUCUUCAUAUAUCAGAAAUGUAGGGAAAAGUGUGUUAUGAACUCUGUACACUUGAAGGGAGCUCUUCACCAUGAAGGAUCUUUUUACUGUAUCUUGUGUAAUGAAAGAAGAAAACAUGAAAGUGUUCCAAUUUUUCUUGUGUUAUAUGAUCAUGUAGCUCUUCCACUUUCAGUUUGACAAAUUAAUUUAUCAUGUCUUAAAGUUUCUCAGCUUUCAUCAAGCACUUUAGAGAAAAUGAUCAGCUUUACUGCCACAUAGACCACUAGACCUCAAGUGAGGAGGAAGAAUGAAGUUUGUGGGUUUAAAAAAAAUGUAGUUUUUUGUUCGUUGCUGAUGAAUGGGUUAUUGAGGAGUAGUGACUACUCAUAUCUAGUUUGUAAAGUAACUCUGCACCAGUGGAAAAACUGUCUUAGCUCAUGUUUACUUCUUAUAACUUUUCAUGCAUGGAGAAGUUUUCAUUUUAUGAAUAUAGAAGUUACUUUGUAGGGUUUUAUUUUUUUUUUGCUUCUGUCUUUUCUGAUUUUUUUUGUUUUGUUGUUUGUUUUUUUUUUUGGAAGGGAGGAGAGGUAGAGGAAAAUAUAAAGGGAGGUCUUACACAAAUUUAAACAAAAAAAAUAAUCUACCACCAUUUGUGGUUGUCACUCUUACCCUUUCAGAACUGGCUUCUGUUUUUCAUGAAUGUGCUUUUCAUACAUCAUGCCUUCUCUCAGAGGGACAUGGCACAAUACCAUAUGGAUAAGUCAUGCUGCAAAAGGUUCAUACUUAGGCUUUUGAAUUGUAAGUUCCAACCAAAGCAGGAAGAAUUCUUUACCAGAAAGCUUCCAGUAUUUGAGUUAAAAAAAAAAAAAAAAAAAAAAAAAAAAGCUGAGCAUCAGGUUUGCUUACUAGAUAAACCAAAUGAAUUGCUUCUUAUGGUGUUCUUUUUUUUUUUUUUUUCCACCUCCCCUUAAAGAUCAGAGAUCUACAGUGAAAAUUGUUAGCUCUGUGCCAAAUAGUGAAUAAAGCAUCUUUGGCC